CCAAUAUAUUUCCAACAAACAGAACGGAAGACAAAUUGUUUAACCGUGCCUUUUUUUUUUUUUCUUUACCAUAAUCCCUGUUGCAUCCAAUAUUUCCAACAGUGAGCCACAGUCCGCUUUUAGCUCCAUGUACCGUUAGCAAGUUCAAGCAGAUUGCACGUCCCGCAAAACUGCGCUGGAACCGAGGAAAUAAACGGCGGUGUCUGAAUGAGAGGCGCAGCGCCACGGCGUCCGUCGCGGGCCCCCUUUUCCGCGACUGGCGCUCGCACUGACUCGCGCCGCGCCGCGCCGCGUCGCGUCGUUUAAAUGGGCCAAGUUGGAGAGGCGGCGCGAGGAGCGCAAAUCUUGUUUGCUUUGACUGUCAGGGCUAAAGCGGGAUAGAGACAGUCGUACAGAGGGUUAAAAACGGGGCAAAAUAAGCCACCGGUUCCAGUCAGUUACUUUACUCCAACAGUUAGCGUAAAGAAGGCGGUUUCCGCUUUGUUGUGGAUAAAAAAAAAAAACUUUUGUCAAACGCGAUGUUCGUCUCUGUGCAUGACAGUUCACGUGCUGCGUGUACAAGUGGGGGGAGUUAGGUUUUAUUAUUUUUCACCGAGGACUCCAAUUCAGGCUGUCGUCGGGAAUUUAUUAUAACUAAGAGGCGGAGUUCUGAAUUAGAGGACGACAAACACAAAACCAAGAGAGAGACAAACAAGUUUACAGGUGGUUGUUGGAACGAUACCCAGAUCCUGCGACCCGAUGUGUAUGACCGAGCUCCCCCCGACAUGCCCGCGGUUCGCGGUGGGCAGCGCAGCGCGGCUCUGACUCCACAGGGGGGGAGACCCCCGUCGGAGCCGGGACGUGGCCAGGCCAGGGGCAGUCCCGGAGCUGAGCGGGACAGGGACUCGACGCGGGGCAUGCAGCAGCAGCAUGCCUGCCAUCAAGAAGGAGACGCUGGACGCAGACGACGCAGCCCUGUCCACCUUCAAGCACCGUGCCCAGUGUCUGGCCCCUUUAAAAGGCAACGCGCUCCCCGCGGUGACCCCCCACCCGCCGUCCUACGACCACCUCUUGGCCCAUCACCGCGCCUACCUGGGGCUGCAGGACGCGGCGCUGCGCAGGCAGCUCCAGCAUCUCCACCCCCACUCCCACCCCCACCCCCACCAGCACCCCGAGGACCUGAUGCUCGAGAGGUUCUCCUCCAUCCCCGACUUCCAGCCCUUCUUUGACGGCGGCGAGCCGUGCAUCGAGGUGGAGUGCGGCGAGAACAGGGCGCUGCUCUACAUCAAUAAGCUGUGCCAGGGCAGCAAGGGGCCCUCCAUCAGGCACCGCGGCGAGUGGCUCACCCCCAACGAGUUCCAGUUCGUGAGCGGCAGGGAGACGGCCAAGGACUGGAAACGCAGCAUCAGGCACAAGGGGAAAAGUCUGAAGACUCUUAUGUCCAAAGGCAUUUUACAGGUACAUCCUCCAAUCUGUGAUUGCCCUGGGUGUCGAAUUUCAUCUCCAGUGAAUCGUGGGCGCCUGGCUGAGAAGCGCACAAUUCCCCUGCCUCUGAACUGUACCCCUAAGAAGGAGCUGACCUUGGUCUUUAACAGUGAUGACAGCGAAGGCAGCAAUAAAGCAGGUGCUGGCCAUGCCGAUGUCAAGCAAGAGGUCGAGCUCCACUUUACUGUCAAAAGAAAGAGUGAGGGUGACCUCAUCCCUGUAGAUUUCAGCCUGCAUUACACUCCUGAAGGGCAGCCCAGCAGUGAUAGCCAAAGGAAACGCCCCUUUCUCUCAGACAACCUCGUGGGCAAGAGACGCACGUUCUCCCCUAGCAGCGGCAGCAACAAGUGCCUGCUAGAAAGCAAGAAGCUCCGCAGCGAGUCUCCCAAAGAGGGCUUGCGUGUUCUUGGCUCGGAGCCUCUCUGUCACAUGAGCACAGGGGAGCACUACCGACUUAUGAUGUCAGCGCUGAAUGAGCCAGGGUCCUUUGAGGAGCAACAGCAGCGCCUCUUCCAGCUGGCCAGCAGCAUGGGUGUGCCCAGCCCUGCAGACCUGCUGCGCCUGCGACCGGAGGGGAUCAGCAUUCGCAAUCCAGGGACUGUGGAAGUGACAGGGUCCUCCAGCCAGCGGCGUAAGCAAGGCUUACCUCAGCACCGGGACGCCCAUUUUCCUGAGAGGGAUGGGUCACACCCUCCACCACUGCUGUCACACCAGAAUGCUCCACACAUUGCUCUGGGACCACACCUGCGGCCCCCCUUCCUGGGUAUGCCUCACACCCUGUGCCAGACAUCAGGUUAUGGCUUUUUGCAGCCUGCACAAGCUGAGCUGUUUGCACGCCAACAGGAGAUGCUAAGGAAGCAGAGUCUUGCAAGGCUGGAAAUGUCCACUGAGCUGCUGCAGCAGAAGGAGCUGGAAGGGCUGCAGAGGCAGCGUCUGUUGACUGACCCACUGGGGUUGCCCUCAGGCCUGUCUGCAGAUCACCCUGCACUGCGCAGUCUGCAGGACCUACCAGAAGGCCAUCCGCUACGGGAUGAGCUCAGCCGCCGCAGUGCUAUGCUUGUGCUACGCCAUAGUGCCACACCACUGCUCUCCCUUGGCCACCAGGGAGCAACAGCAAACACACCACCCAAAGAAACUGGCUCUCAGAAGAGCUCACAAAAGGGAGCUGUCCAGGGGGACCUGCAUGGAGAGACCAUGGAUGCGCAAGGGGAAGCCUGGGUCCGGGAGGGCGAGGCAGACGGUCCGAGCGAUGCGCCGAAAGAUUCAGAGAGUGAGACGGAGGCUAACGAUGAAAGGCUUGGGAGGCCCUCCAGGGCAGACAGACAUGCAGUGGUAUCUGAGCUCAGCCAGGGCAGAGAUGUGAGCAGGCUUGGCGAGGGUAGCAGGGAGUCAGCUGAAGCGUCCGGGCAACUCAGUACUGCCUGCAGCUUAGUGGGACCCGACUCCCCCAGUCACACCCUCUUUGCCCCAGGCAUCAGCAAAAGUGAAGUCAAGUACCUCCCGCCUACAAUUGUGCCCCCGCUACCCAUACUUCCCACCUUUCCAGCGCUGCCCAACCCAGCUCUACCAUUUGGCUUUCCCUACAGUAGCCCAUACCUGCAUGCAGCAGGAGCUGUGGGAGGACUGGUCCUGGAUGGUGAAGAGACAGGGCCUGUGGAGGAUAUCAGCAAGUGGACAGUGGAGGAAGUGUGCAGCUUUGUUGACAACUUGGUUGGAUGUUCUGAGUACACCCAGGUGUUCCGGGAGCAAGCCAUUGAUGGAGAGACCCUGCCAUUGCUCACUGAGGAGCACUUGCUGAACAAUAUGGGCUUGAAACUUGGCCCUGCCCUGAAGAUCCGCUCUCAGGUAGCACGCCGUGCUGGGAGGAUCCUCUACAUGGCCAGCCUUCCUCUGACGCUACCGUUGCUGCCAUCUGUGCUGCGACCCACGGACAGGGAUGUCCUGCAGAGUGACACACGCCCCCCCUCGGCUGGUAGCGCCACCUCCCCUGGUCGUGCUUCGCCAAAGCAGGAAAAUGGAAAUACUGCAUCUAUGGGAAUCCAUGAUGGUGUGAAACAGGUGUAUUAGGAAAAUAAAAGAAGCCCCCACUCACCUGGCAAAAAUACUUUCAGCAGAUGCCAGGAAGAGCACAGUCAGAAGGAGGAGUGUCCAGCACGUGGAUUGCUGCCCUAUAAACUGCCUUUGUAAGCAACUGAGAAGUAGGAGCAUGUCAGUCCAGGAAUAGAGAAUUCAGACAGUCUUGCCAAAGAAAAGCCCAUAAUCACAACAUUCCUCUUUCAAGCAGACAGACAUCACAAGAAAUUUGUUUCCUCUUGGACAGACCUCUGGACGCUAGACCCACAGGCAUGGAAAACAAAUGCAGGAGCUAGGAGCUCUGCCCACUUCCUUCUUUCCAGCUUCCCACAGGAGCACACAUGUCUCGGAGAGGAAGCUUGCACCAAAUGAGCUGUUUUUCUUCUGUGCAUUGCAUGGUUUGGUACCAAAGACAGCAGGCAGAAUUCAGGUCCUGUGGUUCCCAAUUGGUAGACCAUCAGAUGCAGGCCAGCAGUGGGUCAUGCAGGGUACAAGGUGGCAUCUUCUGGUUGGUUAGAGGAUUGAGAAUGAUACCUUGGCACAGACAACACACCUCUGGUGGAUCUGUGCAUUGCUUCUCAGUGGAUCUCAGCUACUGAUCAGAGUAAAGAGAGUAAACUGAACUGAACUGCUCAGUAGAUUUUAAAACAAUUUUACUAUGUGGUACUUUUAAUGAGUUU